CUAGUUAAAUACCCGCUGUCGCCCAAGCAGAAGCCGCUAGCAGCUACCGACACAUCGCCCGCCAUGGCCGACGAUGAUCAGUCCCGCCAAGGGCUCCUUGGCGCGGACCAAAAGGAGGUCGAAAAGGUCCGCCGCCAGUCCUUCGACUCCGAUUCCGACAUUGAUGCGACCGAGUUCCUCACAAGAGACCCCAUGACCGAGUCGCCACCGCCGGCUGCCCAGACCACGCCCGCCUUUAUGCGCCGCGGUGGACGACGGGCCUGGUCUUGCGGCUCACCCUGCGCCAGCUGCAAGAGGUGCUGCAUCUUCAUGUGCGGCAUCUUCAUAAUUAUCUGGCUGCUGCUCGGCGCCGGCGGUGCAUUUGUCUACAAAAAGUACACCGAAGAGCCGCCGUACGGCCUGUCGCCGCCUUGGUACCCGUCCCCGCUGGGCGGCACCUCGGCCGGCUGGGCGGCGAGCUACUCUCGCGCUGCCAAGAUGGUGGAGAAGAUGACGCUGGCGGAAAAAGUCAACGUCACCACAGGCGUCGGUUGGAAGAUGAGCCCGGCCGUCGGCUCAAACGGCCCUGCCGUCCACGUCGGCUUCCCUCAGCUGCAUCUUCAGGACGGGCCCACAGGCAUCCGGUUCGCCGACAACACUUCGGCUUUCCCCGCCGGCAUCACCGUCGGCGCCACCUUCAACAAGCAGCUGAUGUACCUGCGCGGAAAGGCCCACGGCGCCGAGGCUCGCGGGAAGGGCAUCAAUGUGCUUCUGGGUCCGGCCAUCGGUCCCCUCGGCCGCAUGCCUGCGGGCGGCAGGAACUGGGAGGGUUUUGGAUCGGAUCCCUACCUGCAGGGAGUCGCCGGCGCGCAGACCAUCAAGGGGAUCCAGAGCGAGGGCGUCAUGGCCUCGGUCAAGCACUUUGUCGCCAACGAGCAGGAGCACUUCCGUCAGGCCUGGGAGUGGGCCCUGCCGCACGCGAUCUCGGCCAACAUUGACGACCGUACCCUCCACGAGCUCUAUGCAUGGCCGUUCCAGGAUGCCGUCAAGGCCGGCGUCGCCAGCGUCAUGUGCAGCUACAAUAUGAUCAACAGCAGCUACGCGUGCCAAAACUCGAAACUGUUGAGCGGAAUCUUGAAGGACGAGCUCGGUUUCCAGGGCUUCGUCGUUUCCGACUGGCUUGCACAGCGCUCGGGAGUCGCAUCCGCCAUCGCCGGUCUCGACAUGACCAUGCCAGGAGACGGCCUCGGCUGGGCCGACGGCAAAUCGCUCUGGGGACCGCAGCUAACGCAGUCAGUACUCAACGGCUCCGUGCCCAUGGACCGGCUCAACGACAUGGUGACGCGCAUCGUCGCCUCGUGGUACCAGCUCGGCCAGGACAACCCGGCCCGGUUCGACGGCAAGGGCCCCAACUUCUCGUCGUGGACCAGGGAACGCACGGGCGUCGUCUCGCCCGGGAGCAAGACGACGCAGGACAAGACCGAGGUCAACCAGUACGUCAACGUGCAGUCGUCGCACCGCGACAUCGCGCGCCAGGUCGCCGCCGAGGGCACCGUGCUGCUCAAGAACAAGGACAUGCUGCCCAUCAGCAAGCAGGGCUUCACGGACGCCAAGCGCGACCUGCGCAGGCGGCACGAGGGAAAGCUCAAGAUCGGCAUCUUUGGCGAGGACGCCGGCCCGGCGCCCGGCGGACCCAACGCCUGCAUCGACCGCGGCUGCAACCGCGGAACGCUCGCCAUCGGCUGGGGCAGCGGUGCCGUCGAUUUCCCUUACCUCGUGACGCCGAUCGAGGCCCUCAAGAAGGGCUUCGAGCCGGCCAAGGUGGAGAUCAGGGAGUACCUCUCCAACGCGAACCCGUUCGUCAAGGACAAGUCGGCGUCCGACACGGACGUCUGCAUCGUGUUUGCCAACGCCGACUCGGGCGAGGGCUUCCUCAAGGCGGACGGGAUCAGCGGCGACAGGAACGACCUCAACCUGCAGCGCGGCAGCGACGACCUCGUGUACCAGGUGGCGAACAAGUGCGGCGGCGGCGGCGGCGAGGUCGUCGUCGUCAUCCACAGCGUCGGCCCCGUCGUGGUGGAGCGCUGGAUAGACCACCCCAACGUCAAGGCCGUCGUGCUCGCCCACCUGCCAGGCCAGGAGAGCGGCAACGCGCUCGCCGACAUCAUCUUUGGCGACGAGAACCCGUCGGGCAAGCUGCCGUACACCAUGGGCAAGUCCCUGGACGACUACGGGCCCGGGGCCAAGAUCAUGUACCUCCCCAACGGCGUGGUGCCGCAGCAGGACUUCUCCGAGGGCGUCUUCAUCGACUACCGGCACUUUGACCGGGCCGGGAUCCAGCCGCGCUUCGAGUUCGGCCACGGCCUGUCGUACACGACGUUUGAGUUUGCCAACCUGAGCAUCAGCGAGCGCAGGCCCAAGAAGGCGCUGCCGGAGCCGCGACCCGAGGCGGGCGCCGCGCCGCCCAGCUACGACCGGGCCAUCCCCAACGAGCGCGAGGCCCUGUGGCCGCGCGACAACAGCAUCCGCCCGCUGGAAAAGUACAUCUACCCGUACCUGGACGAGGUCGACGAGCUCGUCCAGCACCCGUAUCCUUACCCGGACGGCUUCUUCAGCAUCCCGGACCCCAGCCCGGCCGGCGGCGACGAGGGCGGCAACCCUGACCUCUGGGAGGUGCAGCUCGAGGUCAAGGCGCAGGUCAAGAACACGGGCUCGCGGGACGGCAAGGUCGUGGCCCAGCUGUACGUCGGCAUCCCGCCGCUGUCGCCGCCCGCCCAGGACUCGGCCAGCCGGGUCGGGCCGGCCGGGUCGCCCCAGCCCAACAAGAAGAAGGACGAGGUCGAGUUCCCCGUCCGCCAGCUGCGCGGCUUCGAAAAGGUCUUUAUCAAAAAGGGCGAGACGGCCGAGGUCUCGUUCAACCUCACCAGGAGGGACCUGAGCUUCUGGGACGUGGGCAGGCAGACGUGGAGGAUUGUGACGGGCGGCGAGUACAAGAUCAUGGUUGGGCAGAGCUCGAGGGAUCUGCCGCUCGAAGGGAAGUGGUAG